CAUCUGAAACUCACGACUCUGACGUAUCUAAGGAAAAUCCUUCACCAACUCAGCGCACAAAACAAACAAACUCGGACACAUCUGACAAAACUAACACAAACACUAAUCAGACACUCAGCUAUGAUAAUUCUCUGAAAAGCAACUGUGCAAUUUUUAUCCAACAAGAUCCCAAAUCAGCUGAUUUUAAAAAGGACCUCGGCCCUAUGUCCGUCGGUCGUAUCCUUCAUCCGUUAUUCCCAAACAAAAUCGUCGAAAUUAAUCAAAGUGGACGGGGUAAAGUUAGAGUUACCGUAAAAUCGGGUCAAGUGGCGAAUCAACUACUCAAUCACCCCCAGCUGUCAUCUCACGGUCUGAUAGGCAUUAUCCCUACAAGUUUCGUUUCUUGUCAGGGAAUUAUGAACGAUGUCGACACGGAUAUUACAGUUGAGGAAAUUAUUGAGUAUGGUGAGGUUAUGGGCCCACACGUAAAUAAAAUCAAAAUUAUCCAAGCGCGGUGUUUUAAUCGCAAAGUUUACGACGAAAAAACCAAGGAGUUUAAGUUCGUUCCGUCGAAAACCGUCCUACUGACCUUUCAGGGUACGGUCCUUCCUCAAAGAGUAGCGGUCUACAAAGGGUCAAGUCCCAUUCGUCCUUACUUUCCGAACCCUCGUAUAUGUAUGAAAUGCUUUAGGUUUGGCCACAUCGCCAAACACUGUCGCUCUCAACCACGAUGCAAGUCCUGCGGGGAAAACACCACCCAUGAUACAACCAACCCUUGUCCAAACACUUCAAAGACACCAAAAUGUGUAAACUGCUCUGGUCCUCAUCUGGCUAGAUCCAAGGAUUGUCCGGAAUUCACCUUUCAAAAGGAAAUCCGUACUUACGCUACCAUACACAGACUCUCCUUCAUUGAAGCAAAAGCUAUCCUUCGACCUAGAAACACAGGUGUAACCCCGAACUCUUUCAAUUUCUCAAAUUUUCCACAGCUUGGAGAAAUCCCAGCUCCUUCUUCGACAAAUCAAAACUCUUCUCAACUUUUUUCAGACAUCACAAAUCUCUCAUCUCAAAAACGGAGAAGUCCCAUGAUUGGACCUGCCACCCAAAAAAUUGGCACGCCCCAGUCACGGAAAAGAACUAACUCCUUCUACGCAACACAAUGGAACAAUGGUAGAGACGGUAGCGAUCUUCCUAAUGGUUUUGCCCUCUCUGCAUCUCGUUCCAUGUCUAAUCCUUCAACAUCUAACACUAUUGAUCAAACUUCCAACCACGAAUCCUUCCCUUCAUUCCUAAUCUCCAUGAUCAAAGAUCAUGUCACACAACUUUCAUCCAGUUCUUCACCAGAAAAAACUAAACACAACGAAAGUCUACUUAAUACUAUUAUAGAAAGCAUUAUCUUAUUGUUCAACUCCGUAAACAACAACAUUAAUGGAUCAAUUGUCUAAAAUAAAUAUCCUGCAAUGGAAUUGCCGAGGUGUCUCUAAAAAGGCACCCGAAAUUCAAAGUCUCUCUAAUAAAUUCGACGUCCUCCUUCUUUCCGAAACCUUUUUAAAACCCGAUAAAAACCAUAAUUUAAAAAUUUUAAAACAAUUUAAUAUUAUUAGAAGCGACAGAAUAGUAAAUAAGGGUGGUGGUCUCAUUAUCGCCAUUCGCAAAAACUUGAUAUUUUCAAAAAUUUCAACAAUUUUUACUCAGGAAGACGAACUUGAAACACUCGCUGUCUCAAUUGACUCUUCUAUGGGUGAAUUAUUAAUAGUUUCUGUUUAUAGAGUCCCUGGUAGACAAACCCCCCUUAAUUAUUGGAAACGCUUCUUUAAUUCAAUCAAAAAUUCUGGAUUCAACUCCGUUUUUAUCGGAGGUGAUUUUAAUUGUCAUAGCACUCUUUGGGGAGGCUCUUAUGUCUGUCCCAAUGCGCGUAACUUAUGUGAAGAACUGGAUGAGAUGGACCUCAUCCUCUUAAAUGAUGGCUCACCUACCAUGGUAGACCGGCCACCUAAUCUCGGUUCUGCAUUGGAUCUUACUCUCGUCUCUUCAAACCUUUUCACAUCCUCAUCUUGGAAUGUCCUUGACGAUCCGCUGGUAGUGAUCAUCUACCUAUUCUUUCGUCAUUGGGCAUUUCAAUACCAAUGGCAUCUUUUUCCUCUCACAAAUAUAAUUUAAGAAAUAUAAAUUGGACCCUAUUCUCCACCACACUGCGUUCAUCCGUGGAGUCAAAUUCUGAUAUUUUAUACACUGAUAAUCCUAUCUCUGAUUAUAAUAAUUUUGUAGAACUCGUUGACUUGUCAAUUAAAACAGCAUGUCCUCAACGGAAAAACGCUCCCGCGAAUAAGAAUGCUACCUCUUCCAGAAAACCUUUUGUUCCUGCACCUUGGUGGGACAAUAAAUGCGAUGAAGCCAUUAAUAAUAGAAAAAUAGCUUUUAAAAAUUAUAAAAAGUUAGCUAAUUACUCAAAUUUUCUUAAUUAUAAAAAAGCGGAAGCCAUAGCUAAGCGCACGCUUAGUGAGGCUAGACGUCAAUCAUUUAAAAACUUCUGCGAUUCCCUGGACAGACAUACUCCUUUAACAAAAAUAUGGGC